UCUUCUUAGCCUCCCUCUUAAAAAUUCUUGAAAAUUCUUUCAGCCCAAUUAAGUAAAAGGCAAAAAGUUGCAAAUUUUCAUUAUUAUUUUUUAUAUAACCGUGUUUUUUUUUAAAAAAAAAAAUCAUAUCAUACACCUAUAAAAGCUUGGACUUAGGAGUCUUUGUUUCAAACUUGACAAUAACAAAAAAAAGAUCAGAUUUUUUUUUCUUGAUUUUUGGAAUUCUUUUUCACCAAAACUCAAAUCUUGUUAUAUAAAAUUAAGGGUUAGUUUCUUUUUUAAUUGUUUUAUAGUACAAUAUGUCGAAGAGUAUACUUGUGACAGGGGGAGCAGGGUAUAUUGGGAGUCACACAGUGUUGCAAUUGUUGCUUGGUGGUUAUAAGACUGUGGUGAUUGAUAAUUUGGAUAAUUCUUCUGAAAUUGCUGUGAAAAGGAUUAAGGAAAUUGCUGGUGAAUAUGGCUCUAAUCUCUCUUUUCAUAAGGUUGAUCUACGUGAUAAGCCGGCAAUUGAGGAGAUUUUCAGGUCUAACAAAUUUGAUGCUGUUAUUCAUUUCGCUGGACUAAAGGCGGUUGGUGAAAGUGUCGAGAAACCUUUGAUGUACUAUGACAACAACCUUAUUGGAACAAUUACCCUCUUGGAAGUCAUGGCAGCUCAUGGAUGCAAAAAGCUUGUGUUUUCAUCGUCAGCUACUGUUUAUGGUUGGCCAAAAGUGGUUCCUUGUACUGAGGAGUUCCCCCUGAGUGCUGCAAAUCCUUAUGGACGGACAAAGCUCUUCAUUGAAGAAAUAUGCCGUGAUGUACAAAACGCGGACUCUGAAUGGAAAAUCAUAUUGCUGCGGUACUUCAAUCCUGUUGGUGCUCAUCCAAGUGGCCGAAUUGGUGAAGAUCCGCGAGGAAUUCCGAACAACCUUAUGCCAUUUGUUCAACAAGUUGCUGUUGGCAGAAGAAAAGAGCUGACAGUUUAUGGAACUGAUUAUGGAACGAAGGAUGGUACAGGGGUCCGUGAUUACAUUCAUGUUAUAGAUUUAGCAGACGGACACAUUGCUGCCUUGCAGAAGCUAUCUGAUCCUUCCAUAGGCUGUGAAGUGUACAACUUGGGAACUGGAAAAGGAACUUCAGUCCUUGAAAUGGUGGCCGCAUUUGAGAAGGCUUCUGGAAAGAAAAUUCCAAUGGUUAUGUCUGGUCGACGCCCUGGCGAUGCUGAAAUUGUAUAUGCUGCUACUGAGAAAGCAGAACGCGAAUUGAAGUGGAAGGCGAAAUAUGGCAUCGAAGAGAUGUGUAGGGAUCAGUGGAACUGGGCUAAGACGAAUCCCUAUGGCUAUGAAGGAACUCCAGAAUCUAAUAACUGUCACUGAAGUCUACUUCAACUGCAUAAUAUCGUCAUAUAGUCGAUACGUUCCUGUUGCUGAAUCGUGUUAGUCUUCGAAGGGACGAUUCAACGUAUAGUUCUAGGGCUAUUAGAUGGGAUUAUAAUGUUUAUAUUGUUUAACUUAUAUAAGUUUCAGAAUGUAAUUGGAGUUUCAAUGAGUCAGUAGUUAGAUUAUAAAAGGGAAAAUCUAAGAAAGUUGAUGAAUAA